CACCCCCCGAACCGCAUCGCUCGCCGCGCCGCCGCUGCUAAACCCCAGACGCAAACCCCGCUCAUCUCCCUCGCGCCAGCAACGCCUCCUCCGCGCCGCCACGAGGGGCAGCAGCAGCGCGCACGCGUGCGAGAGGGAGCUGGGAUGGGAGGCGGGCGGAAGCGCGGGCGCACGCAGCGCCGCCACUUCAAACAGGGCCGCGAGAACGUCUGGAAGCACAACCCCCAGCGCCCUCCCGCCGGCGAAGGAGGCGAGGGGCGCGAGGGGAAUCCCUCGUGGCAGCCCUUCGCCACCGAGAACCCGGCCUUCGAGGAGUAUUACAAGGAGCAGCAAAUUAUUCCUGAGGAAGAGUGGGAUGAUUUCAUGAGUAUGCUCCGGAAGCCAUUACCUGCCACUUUUAGGAUUAAUGCGAGCUGUCAGUUUUUUCAAGAUAUCUGCUCACAAUUGGAAAACGACUUCAGAAAAUCAUUAGAGACUGAGGUAAGCGAUGAGCAUGAACAAGAUGCUAUCAGGCCUUUGCCUUGGUAUCCUGGUAAUCUUGCAUGGCAUUUGAACUUUUCCCGAAUGCAACUGAGGAGAAACCAGGCACUUGAGAGUUUUCAUGAAUUUUUGAAGCGAGAGAAUGAAGUUGGCAACAUAACUAGGCAAGAGGCUGUCAGUAUGGUCCCACCAUUGUUUCUGAAUGUGCAACCUGAUCAUCAUAUUCUUGACAUGUGUGCUGCUCCAGGAUCUAAAACUUUCCAGUUACUAGAGAUGAUUCACCAGUCAACGAAGCCUGGAUUGCUUCCAAAUGCCUUGGUGGUAGCUAAUGAUGUUGAUGUGCAAAGAUGCAAUCUUCUUAUUCAUCAGACAAAGAGAAUGUGCACAGCCAACCUGAUUGUGACAAAUCAUGAAGCACAAAACUUUCCUGGUUGUAAUCUUGCAAAGUUCUGUUCAGAAACAUGUAUGGAUGAGGCCAAGCUGCAGAGGGUGGAGUUUGACCGCGUGCUUUGUGAUGUGCCUUGUAGUGGUGAUGGGACUGUCCGCAAGGCUCCUGAUAUGUGGAGGAAGUGGAAUGCUGGUAUGGGGAAUGGACUUCAUCGUCUGCAAGUAGAAAUUGCUAUGCGUGGUAUGGGUUUGCUUAAAGUGGGUGGGAGGAUGGUUUAUUCAACAUGUUCAAUGAACCCCGUUGAAAAUGAAGCUGUUGUUGCUGAGAUUCUACGGAGAUGUGGGGACUCUGUCGAACUUCUUGAUGUUUCUAAAGAGCUGCCCGAAUUAGCCCGUCGUCCUGGACUUAGCACCUGGAAGGUGCGGGAUAGAGGUUCUUGGUUUGGUGUUCAUGAAGAUGUUCCUCGCUACAGGAAGAGUGUGAUAUCACCAAGCAUGUUUCCCUCUGGUAAAGGCAGCAAAGAUGUUGAGGUCAACACAGAUGUUGAUGCAGACAUGAAGGAUUCAACAGACAUGGGAGAGGGAGAACAAGAAAGAAAUAUAGCAGUCGCUGACAGCAAUAAUGGUGAUAGUCCGAAAACUGAAGAGAAAACCGAAGUUGAUUGUGAGUCUGGUGAAGCACCAACUAGAUAUAAAAAGUUAAAUUCUACUUCCACCCGUACAGAACAUUCGGAUUACCCGCUGCAUCGCUGCAUGAGGAUUGUUCCUCAUGACCAGAACAGUGGGGCAUUUUUCAUUGCAGUGCUUCAUAAACACUCUUCUCUGAACGAGAACCAGGUGGUAGAUGGGGUAAAAAGCGAGCAGAAUAUCUCAAAAGACAAUACUGGGAAACUUGAGAAAGAUUUAGGAUCGGAUAAGGUAUCAUCUGAAGAAAAUAUAGUGCCCCAGCAUGUGGUUGAUGAUACAAAUGUUCUCGAUGUAGAACAAAAUGGAGACAUGGAUAGCAAAAGUUCAAAAGAUAAGAGCUCUGAGGAUGCUAAGGUGAUUAUUAAUGAGGCAGAAAAAGGUCAAGCAGGAACAAGAGAUAGGAGGAGGCAGCAGAACCAAGGCAGGUGGAGAGGGGUUGACCCUGUGAUAUUUUUUAAAGAUGACGUGACAGUCAAAAGUAUAGUAUCUUUCUAUGGUAUCAAGGAUUCAUUUCCACUUGAAGGUCAUCUUGUGACUAGGAAUCCUGACACUAGUCAUGUUAAGAGAAUAUACUACGUGUCAAAAUCUGUUCAAGAUGUUUUGGAGCUCAACAUAAAAAUUGGCGAGCGGCUUAAGAUCACCUCACUUGGCCUAAAGAUAUUUGAAAGACAGUCAUCAAAGGAUGGCUCACCGUGCACGUUUAGGUUGUCAUCGGAGGGAUUGCCACUCUUGCUUCCGUACAUCACAAAACAGAUUCUAUAUGCAUCGGCAAUUGACUUCCAGCAUCUUUUACAGUACAGGACUGUUAAGUUUCCUGAUUUUGUGGAUGCAAAAUUUGGUGAGGAAGCUUCAGCUUUACUUCCAGGUUGCUGUGUUGUAGUAUUACGUGAAGUUUCAGGGCAUCAGGAUAUAGGAUCCAUAGUCACAGAUCCCUCUGCAAUUGCAAUUGUUUGCUGGAAGGGAAAGACCAAUUUGUGUGUCAUGGUAUCUCCACUGGAUGGGAAGGAGUUGCUUGAGAGGAUUUCUUUACGUUUUGGGCUCAAAAUCCCCGAAUUGGUUAAAGAGAAACCCAACCAGGAGGUAACUGGAUCUGAUGAGCAGCCUGAUUGUGCCACUGAGGCAGACGAUCAACCUGAAAGCAAAGCAUCUGACAUGGAAAUUCCAGAUGCUGAGGCUGAGUAGAUUUUUUUUAAAACAUGCAGCAGUUUCCUCGUCUUAUUUGGCUACUGUUUUUAGUCACUUCAGUUGAUGUUUGGUACGGAGCUGGCAGUCUUCUUUCUUGCAUAUAUGGAUUAUAAAUGCUGAAGGAGAGGUGAGCGCCCACACAGAAACGAUUGCACAUGGCAUGAGACACGAAACACAAAACACAUGGUAAUCUUGUCCGAUGCCGUGUAAAUUGCUGCCCUGUGACUGUAAGCUUGUAACCUGUUGAUUUUCUUCUUUGGGGGGAUGUAUUACACCGAUUUUGAAAUGUUACAAUGAACACGGAAUCUAGUAAACUUUGAGAUGAGAGUAUUGUUUAAGACACCAUCUGUGUAGGUUCA